CUCUCCCCGCUUUCAUCCCCCUCUCUGCCCUCUGCUCUGGGCCCUGGGCCCUCUCUCUGCCUCUCUCCCAUGGGGUUCGGGCCAAAGUCCGCCUAGAGCUGCCCGUGGGGCUCUCUCACCUCACCUCACCUCACCUCACCUCACCUGGUAGUGAGUGCGUGCACCACCCUGCGUGUCUUUGCCCAAAAUAAGAUGAAAAUAAAAAUAAAAAUAAAAAUGAAAGCGGAUAAAUCCUUGAUUCGACUUCUUCCAUCCAGCCAGCAGCGCGCCCCCUCCCUCCGAGAGAAAGCCUUCCUGUCGUCGUUGUUGUGCUCCCUCGUCGUGCCCUCCUGGCAUUGGCUGUUGCCGUGCGGCCAUGCAUGCGCGGGGUCAAGCGAACUCCAGGCCUAUGCGCCCCCGUCAGCCAUCCCCCAAACAUGCCACGGCCCUAUCACGUCGGAACUGGUGCAAAAAUAUAUUGACUGCCCGUGUCUGGUCUACUACACGCCCAUGUUGUCCCCCUCGCUCACCAUGCUAAUGCUAUUUCUACCCUCUCCCCCACUAGACUAUCGUACACUGCCCCUGUCUAGAAAUGCCUCAAAUCUCCUCCUCUAAUGUGCUGUUGCUGAAUGCAUCCACGCUCCAUACUCACACUCACGCCAACCCCACCCCCACCAUCACCAUCACCAUCACCUUUGCGGCUGAGCAAUGGCGAGGACAAGGCUGAAAAAAAACCCCCAAUCA